GGCCAGCCGCAUCCAAAAUAGCGCGGUCUGUCUGCUACGCACAUGGCUACACUGUACUUUCGUUGAUGAUCGAACAGCGGAGAUGAGCAGCUCUUCCUUUCAAGCGGUGACGACCGCUUUCCGCAAGACCUUCGACGUGGCGCCGAAAAACAUAGCGAAAUGGUUUCCCACGCAUAUGUACACAGGCAUGAAAGACAUGCAGCGCAAGCUCAAGUCAGUGGAUUGUGUCCUGGAACUUCACGAUGCUCGGGUUCCGUUGAGUGGCCGGAACCCGCACUUCCUGUCCAUGAUAGCGGCCAUCAAGCCUCACGUCUUGCUUCUCAACAAGUCUGACCUCGCCGACCCCAACCACAAGGCGACCGUUGACCAGCAGUUGCGUGACCAGGGCACGCAGAACAUCCUCCACAUCCGCAGCACGGAGCCCAUCCGCAACGUUGAUAGGAUUGUGCCCAUGGUUGCAGACCUGAUUCGCCAGUCGGAGCGCUACAACCGACAAGAGGCGUUCGACUACAACAUCAUGGUGAUUGGUAUUCCAAAUGUUGGCAAGUCUUCCCUGAUCAACGCCCUCCGGAAAAUGCAUCUGGGCAGAAAAGGUCCCGCCACGCGCGUUGGUGCCACAGCUGGCGUCACCAUGCGUGUCCUGGAACGCAUCAAGAUCAGCGAGGACCCACUGAUGUAUCUGUUGGACACGCCUGGCAUUUUGAGUCCUGCCACAAAUGAACCCCAAACUGCGCUGCAGUUGGCACUGUGCGGCUGCAUGCUGGACCACUUGGUUGGAAACGUUCUAAUGGCCGACUACCUGCUCUACUGGCUCAACCAGCAGCAUAAUUACAGUUACGUCGACUACUUGGGGCUAGAUGGACCGUGUGACGACAUCCGACUCGUCCUGUACAAGACGGCAAUCAACAUGCGUGUUGUCAACAAAGUGCGCACCUAUGAAGGGUGGAGCCUGCGCCCCAACCAGGAGGCGGCGGCGGUUAACUUCAUCCAGGGCUUUCGGCGGGGUCUUCUCGGCAGGAUCACGUUCCUGCCAGAUGCAGGAAACAGCAUGCUGGAUGCUGCAAGGCAACCCAGUGCUGCAUAGCAUCUGAAAUCAUCAGUGCUGCAUAGCAUCGUGAACUUGAAACCACUGUGUGUGCAUCGCAGAUUCCCUGUGCGACUUUGCCACCUGCCAUUCUUUGUAACAAGAGCCACAGCCCCUUCACACUAGUACGGGGGGGCUCACAAGAACUGUGCCCCAGAUUAGAGAGAUGACAGCAUAAAGGAAAAUCCAGCGGUUUGGAUUUCUUCUACCGUGGGCCAAUUCAUUGUGUCAAACCCCCCGGCAGUCAAGCAUCCAGUUAAGUUCCAUGGAUUGCUGCAAGGCUCGUUUAACAUGUCACUGUUUUUUAAGGCACGAAAGCCCACCUAUAGAAGCCGUUGCCAUGUUGCUGGAGCCUUCGACUGGACAACAGAGGCGCAUCUGCAUUGGUCUGAAGAUGGAACCCAGCUUGUCCCAUCAUCGUCUUGGUUUCGUCUACUGCAGGUCUUUCAGUUUGUCAAUGCAUAGUAUCACCUGGCCCGGCUCAUUGUGUUGUUACUACAAAUACGAUGUUUAUCUGCAUUAUUAGCUGGAAACAUGUGGGAAGAUAGGCUAGAUGUGCCUUUGUCGAAGAUGGCAGCACUCUGGACGCAUGGAGGACAUCGCUGUGCAUGUGAUGGUAACAUAGUGGGAAGCUGUUCCUCCAGUGCAGUAGUAGUCAACUAGUCGUGACUGCAAUUCUGGACGCACCAUUUGCGCUCAUGUGAACACGAUUGGUGCUGCACCUUCAUGGUGUAGCGAUUUCCGGCUCCCAAGCAAGACAAGGUAGUUCUGGGAAGUGAGACGUGGUGCUGUAGUUUUGCUAAGAGAUGACCAUUAUGAAACAGGUUCUAAAUAGGUAAUACCAGAAGCUGCAGUGUCCUUGGUAUUUCUUUUCUUAACAGCAGAGCUGUUUAAGAUUUUCGUUCGGCCGUCUCGCACGACCAGAAAACUAUGCUGUGCCUAGCACGUGCAAUGCAGUAACAUGGCCAGCACACGCUUUCUUUGUCGUCAUCUUAGCACUGACCAUAAAUAAAGACACUUUGCUCUUGGCGACGUACAUUCGAGAAAUGUGGAUAGUUACAGUACAUUUUUCUGUAUUGCCUAGUAAUUUUGCAGAUAAGGCCUGUGGCCAGCACAGCCGUUGAGGUUAUGAUGGAUCUGCAUU